AUGCCCUCAAUUGAUGCUGAUACGCCCCUUCCCUCAACUGAGGGUAUCGCGGAAACCAACUCCAGUCCACCUUCCAACAGACACCGCACUCCUUCCGUCUCUCUUACCCCUCCUGGCGGGACCAGGGAAGAGUCUCAUGGGCUCACAUCUGCCAUCAGCAACAUUCGUCUCUCCGACAUAAAUGGACACGCAUCUCUCUCCCCAGAACCAAGGCGUUCCAGGAAUGGCACACCACGAAGACGGCGUUCAAGCACUGGUGCUGUUCAACAGCAUGAUGUUGCCGACGAAGAACUCCCCGAUGAUGCAUUCCACUCCCCCGAAUUCCAAGGGGCCUUUCGAGAUGCAAAGCAGCUUAUGUCCAACAUUCAGUCCGUGCUGGGAAGCUCAAAUGUCCACGAAGGGUCCGAGUCAACCAUGCGAAAACUUCACGAAGAGGCUGGUAAGCUCGCUGCGUUUGAGUACCCAGCAACUCGUACCGUUGGAUUCGUCGGAGAUUCUGGCGUUGGCAAAAGUAGUCUGCUCAAUUCACUACUCGAUACGAAAGGGCUUGCAAGGACUAGCAACAAUGGAGAAGCCUGCACAUGCGUUGUGACAGAGUACCAUUAUCACAAUCGCGACACGCUUGACAUCCGAGUCAAUCUGUUCUCGAUGGAGGAACUCCAAGAUCAACUCGGUAGACUGCUUCAGGUUUAUCGCACGUUUGAACUUCAUCAGGAUGAGAUUACUGAUGCCGCUGAGCGUCAAGACAUGGAGGCAAAUGCCAAAGUGGCCAAGGAUACGUUUCAAGCCAUGUUUCGUGGCCGACUGGUUGAUGAGGCAUUCCUGAUUCGUGAGAAUUAUGAGGAUGUCCUCAAUCGGCUAACUAGUUGGGCAGCUGAUGCCCGGCCUUCACCCUUGAUGACUCUUCAUACCGGCCUCUCGACGCAAGCUUGUUCCAACACAUUGAUGGAGCUCUCUUCUGAACCGGCAUCAAGAGAUUCUCCAGCGACGUGGCCCUACAUUCGAAGCAUCAAGGUCUUUUUGAAUGCGCAUAUCCUCAGCCGAGGCUUGAUUCUUGUAGAUCUUCCCGGCCUUCGCGAUCUCAACUCUGCUCGAAGAAUCAUCACCGAACGCUAUCUCCUGGAGUGCAACGAGAUCUUUGCAAUCUGCAACAUUGGUCGUGCGGCUACUGACGAGGGUGUUCAUCAAGUUUUUGACUUGGCGGACCGUGCUCGUCUAUCGAAUGUCGGCAUUGUCUGUACUAGAUCUGAUGACAUCGACCCCGAAGAGUCAAUUCGAGAUUGGCCAGGCAGAAGGGCAAGGCGCAUUGAGCAGUUACUGGAGCAUAUUGAAGCGACCACAAAGGAAAUCGAGGAACUACAGGAAGAUAUUGACGACUACGAGGCGAGCGAUCUAUCGGAACAGGAAAGACAGGAACUUGCGGAAUGCCGGGGAGAUCAACGACAAGCAAGCAUACGCAAACAGAACUACGAGUUUGAACUCAAACAAUAUCUGAUCACAACCCGUAAUCAGAUCAUCACCGACUCACUCAACACCACCUACGCCGGCCGCGUGACACCCUCCAGAGUCUUUUGCGUGAGCAACACAAUCUACUGGCAAAACAGAACUGCCAAAAAGUCAGAGGCCAAACGACAUCUCGACCUCAGUGGCAUCCUGCAAGUCCGAAAACAUUGCAUCUCGAUUGUCGCAAACAGCCAACGACGCAUCGCUACACAAUACAUGAAAGACCAGAUCCCUGCGUUGCUUGCAGACAUUGAGCUAUGGGUCCAAUCCGGAGCCCGCACUGCGAGUGAAGAACGUCGUGAGGCACUCUGCCAAACUCUCGAUAGUGUUGAGCGUCGUCUGAGGAAGGACUUUGCAUCGCGCGCUUUUAGUCGUCUAGCAAGAGGAUACAACGAAGACUUUGCAGAAUACAUUUGGAACAAUCGACAUAUUUCUUCAUGGAGCCGGUCAGCCAAAGGCGCAAGCCAGGAUUGGGCAGGGUGGCAUCACAGUUCUUAUUCCGCAUUCUGUCGGAACUUUGGGGACUAUUGCACUCCUGCGAUCGGAUCACGAAAUUGGAACGAGGAGGCUAUGGAUGAUAUGGUUACUGAUCUUGAAGGGCCUUGGGAGGACAUGUGUGGCACUAUACAGGAGAGGCAGUCGAGUAUGCUUCAGAAUGCGGACGAAUUCGCAGACAUGGCUAUUGAGAGACUUGAGGAGCAUGAUUCCGUCAAUUCCUUGACUCAAGCUCUUGAAAACCGUCAGAGUAUAUUCCUGGCUGCUAUUGAAAAGGUCAAUGACGACUUUGACAACAGCCUCAGGAUCCUCCGCGUCGAGUCGCUUUCCGCCCUUCGAAGUUCACUCUUCGGAAAAGCGAUGGAACCAUUCUACAACAAAUGCAAUGCCGAAUUCGGCCGUGGAAGUGAUGCCCGUCGCAAGGCAAUCAUCAGAGGAGCAUUGAGCGACGAAGACUUGUUCCAAAAACUCAUGAUAAGUCUCAAAGAUAGUUUCAAGGCCAAUUCAGAGGCCACUCAGGAGAAGAUACAGGAAGCGAUUGUGGAGUAUCUGCGCGUUGUUGAGCAACGGUUUGACCUCGUGCGGAGUGAGAACGUCGCUCGAGAAAGCGAGCAGGAUCCAGACUUUCGACUUCGCGUUGAGCAAGUCGCGCGAGCUGGAAGGGAGACUAUGCAGAGGGUUCAUCAAGUUAUCUGA